CCCCCGGAUCGCCCCCCUCCGCUCACGCCCUCUUGCACCGCCGGACUCCCGGACCUCCUUGCCAUGGCGGCCGCCGCGCUCAGGGCUCAGCUCAACGCCCUCGUCGACUCCAUGUUCACCACGGGUAUUGUGGACGAGGCUUUCCAACACCUGCGGUCGGUGGAGCAGGAGGGCUUCCUCGCUGAGGUCGUCAACCUCUUCAUCCACGACGCCGACAACAUCCUCAACGAAGUCGCCCACCUGCUGAACCAGCCCGUGGUGAACUUCAGCAGGGUGGGCGCACUGGUGCAUCAGCUAAAGGGGUGCAGCGGCAGGUGAUGACCAUGAUAAACCAUUUAUUUCCCCGGCCCAUUUUUAACUCUCGACGCCGUGCAAUUCAGAUGUGUUUGUCAUCGGCAUGCAGUUUUUGUGUCGUUUGCGUUGUCGUAUAUAGUCGUAAGUAGAAGAGCCGAAUUUAGUUGUGUUCCGUGCAACGGAAGUGCCGGUACCCAUGCGAACGGCAAUGUUAUGGGUCGGCGAAGAUAAGUCCGUCGUCUUGCGAACGUUUCUAGUAUAUAUUA